UAGCUUCAUUAUAUACUUAACUCAACAUUUAUAUAGGCAACUAUGAGUUAUAAUAAUAGUCAGUAUGGAGCGGAACUGGAUAAUGAAGAUGACAAUAAUGGAUAUAAACAGUAUGAAAUCAAAGACGGGUUUAUCUUCCUAAUUGAGGUGUCAUCCGACUUAUUAAAGCCAUUACCUGAACUUGAUAAUAAGAGUCAAUUAUUUACUAUAUUAGAAGCAAUUAAUGAUCUUAUGUCUGAAUUAGUUAUGACAAUGAGAAGUAGUGGAGUUGGAAUCUAUUUCUAUAAUUGUGAUACUAGUGAAGUUAAGAAUUCUGUCCUUAGACCUAUGAAAAAUUCCACUAAUGGAUUUGUUAAAUUAUUCAAAUUGAAUUCUCUUAAUUUACAAAAUAUGAAAUUAUUAAAUGAUUUAGUAAAUGAUGAUAUUCAAUCAGUUAGAUCCAUUUCUCAUUAUUUUGAUUAUUUAAACAAUCAUGAUACUGAAAAUUUACCCAUAAUAUUUAAUAGAUUAUUAGAUGAAAUAAGAGCAAAAAAGGAAUUUAAUAGGUAUAAAUUACUUUGGAUAACUAAUAAUCCUCAACCUUAUACUAAAACCCAGACCAAAGAGAGUUUAUGGCGAACUAUUAAUGAUUAUUAUAAUUAUAAUCAUUAUAUAAAUCCUAUAUUUUUAAAUCCUACCAAUUCAACUCAACCAUUUGAUACUUCCUUAUAUAAAGAUAUAUUCAUUAAUACUAAUUAUUUGAGCCAAACUAGGGUUAAACAAGAGGAUCAACCAUUUAAUAAUGUAAAUGAAAAUGAAAAUGAUGACGAUGAUGAUGAUGAUAGAUUUGGUGGUUCAUUUAAAGGUUAUAACAAGGAUUCUUCUGUAUUUAAGACUAUUGUUCUCAAUAAUCAAAUUAGAGAAAGUAUAUUUCGAAUAAAGGAGGUUCGUAGGAUCCAAUUUGCUUGUAAUUUAAUCCUUAGUGAUGGUCCAGAAGUUGGUGGGAAUUUUGGUUGUUCUGUUAAGGGUUAUACUCUCUACAAUAAAGAACAGUAUAGGGCCCAAUUAAGGUUACAUAAUAAAGGUGAGAGUCUAAAGAAGGUUUUCACUGAAUCUUCCCUAGUUAACACAGCCAAUGGAGAGAUCAUUGACAUUGAAAAACUAUCCAAUCAUGCUUCACAGGAAGAGAUUGCGAACUAUAAGAAGAAAUCAGCUUCUGAGAAAAAGGCUCAGAAUAACAUUUUUAAGGGUCAUGAAAUCUCAGGAGGUGAUGUUGUAUUCCUUAAGAAGAAUGUCGAAGAAUUAAUGACCAAUUAUACAUUUGAUCAUAACAUUGUGGAUGAAUUUGGUUUUGGAAUUCAUGAUGCAGAUGAAGAUGAAGAUGAAAAUGGAAGCAAUGAAAAUAAUGUCACCAAACAAGUCAAAAUAACUGCAUCGCCUUAUCUCAAGCUCGUUGGAUUUAGAAAUAUUGAUAAGUUGGAUAUCACCUAUAAUUCCAAACCUCCAAUAUUCGUUACUGCUGAUCUCAAUGAUGGACUUCGAAGCUCUUCUUCAAAAGGUGGAUAUAAGAAUUCAUUCACGACAUUUUCAGCAUUGUAUCAAUCAUGUACUAAGCUUAAGAAAUUUGCAGUAUUAUUUGGAUGCAUUAGAAAAGGUGCUAAACCUACAUUAUAUGCCUUUUAUCCAACACGUAUUGAAUAUUCUACCCGUAAUCAACAGAAUGAGCAGGAUUUCCCUCAAGGAUUUUUAUUAAUUCGUUUACCAUGGAUUGAAGAUGUAAGAAGUUUGCCAGAUAUUAUGUAUCACUUUAAGGGUAAUCAAUUUGAAACAGAUGAAACAUCUAAUGGAGUAACUUCCGAUGAAUUGGUGUUCAAUUUAAAGAAGUUAUUUAGUCAAUUCUUUUACGACACUUACUCUCCAUCAGAUUAUCCAAGCCCUAGUCUCAACUACUUUUAUAAAAUAAUUAAAAGUGAAUUAUUACAAAUCAGUUUAAGUGAUGAAGAUAAAAAAUUAAUUAAGAAUGAUGUGAGCGUUUUGAAGUUAAGUGAAUUACGUGGCUACUUAAUGAAUGAUCCUAAUCGAGUACAGUUGGUGGAAAAGAUCAAUGCAUUACUUAGUGAACUUAGUCAUGAAGAUGAAGCAAAGAGAAAAAUUCAAAAUGAUGAAGAUACAACGUCUUCCACUAAAAAACGGAAAACAGCUCAAGGUCAAAGCGCAGUAGCUCCACCGGUUGAUGAAGAUGGAAUUUUACAAGCCUGGAAAAAUGACGAAUUUGGUAAAUUUACGGUCCCUCAAUUGAAGAGCUUUCAACAAAAAUAUCGUGAUAAAAUUAAAUCAGCAACCAAGAAGCAAGACUUGAUUGAUAAUAUUAAACAGUUUUUAGAUUCUAGGGAGGUGUAA